GCGAGCGGCUCCCCCUGGCACGCGUGGCACAGCCCCGGGCACCCUCCACCAUGCCAGAGCCUUCGCUGCCCCUCUCCUUCCUCUGCCUCCUCGCCUUGAGCUCCGCCUGCUACAUCCAGAACUGCCCCCGGGGCGGGAAGCGGGCGCUGGCCGACACAGCCCUCCGACAGUGCAUGCCUUGCGGCCCCGGGAACAGAGGGAACUGCUUCGGGCCCGGGAUCUGCUGCGGCGCCGAGCUGGGCUGUUACCUGGGCACGGCGGAGACGCGGCGCUGCGCCGAGGAAGACUACCUGCCUUCACCCUGCCAGGCCGGGGGGCAGCCCUGCGGCUCCGGGGGCCGCUGCGCCGCGCCCGGGAUCUGCUGCACCGCCGACACGUGCUCCAUGGACUCCGCCUGCCCGGACGAGGGCGGGGACGGGGCUCAGGAGGAGGCGGAGAAGAACCUGACGGUGCUGGACGGCUCGGCGGGAGAUUUGCUCCUCAAGCUCAUGCACUUGGCGAACCGGCAGCAGCAGCAGCAGCAGCAGGGCAAGCAUCCCCUCCUCUGAGCCAGGGCAUGGGGCGACCCCCCCACCCUCACCGACCCCCCCCCCUCCCGGCACUGUAC